AUGGAGCAGAAGUCCAAGUGGACGGGCGUGGCUGUCCGCAAGACCUUCUUCGAGUUCUUCGAGCAGCGAGGCCACACAAUCGUGCCCUCAUCGUCGGUCGUUCCUCACAAUGACCCCACCUUGCUCUUCACCAAUGCGGGCAUGAACCAGUUCAAGCCCAUAUUCCUCGGCACCAUUGCGAGUACGGAUGACAUUUCAAAGCUGAAGCGAGCCGUCGAUACUCAAAAGUGCAUCCGUGCCGGCGGGAAGCACAACGACCUUGACGAUGUUGGAAAAGACAGCUAUCACCACACUUUCUUUGAAAUGUUGGGCAACUGGUCCUUCGGCGACUACUUCAAGAAGGAGGCCAUCGAGUGGUCAUGGGAACUCCUGACCAAGGUCUACGGACUGGACCCCGGCAGACUCUACGUCACAUAUUUCGAAGGCGACUCUAAGAUGGGCCUCGAACCCGACCUGGAGGCGAAAGAGCUAUGGGCGUCCGUCGGCGUGCCAGAAGACCACAUUCUGCCAGGAAACAUGAAGGACAACUUCUGGGAGAUGGGUGACCAGGGCCCCUGCGGUCCUUGUAGUGAGGUCCACUACGACAAGGUCGGCGGCGGCCGGAACGCUGCCCAUCUGGUCAACCAGGACGACCCCCUAGUUGUGGAGGUCUGGAAUAACGUUUUCAUGCAAUACGACCGACAGAAGGACAAGUCACUAAAGUCUUUACCUGCCAAGCAUAUCGAUACGGGUAUGGGUUUCGAGCGACUUGUAUCCGCGCUUCAGGAUAAGUCUUCGAAUUAUGCCACCGACAUCUUCACGCCGCUCUUCGAUAAAAUCCAGGAGGUAACGGGAGCGCGGCCGUACACCGACAAGUACGGAAAGGAUGACACAGACGGCAUCGACACCGCAUACCGUGUCAUCGCCGACCACAUCCGAUUGCUUACGUUCUCUAUUUCAGACGGCGCCGUGCCGAACAAUGAGGGUAGAGGAUAUGUUGUGCGCCGUGUGCUUCGGAGAGGCUCUCGUUACGCCAGAAAAUACUUCAACGCGGAGAUUGGUUCUUUUUUCUCCAAGAUCCUACCCGCGCUCGUUGAACAGAUGGGCGAGCAGUUUCCCGAGAUUGUGAAGAAGCAGCAAGACGUCAGGGAAAUACUGGAUGAAGAAGAAGAGGCAUUCGCGAGAACUCUAGACCGAGGAGAGAGGCAAUUCGAAAAGUACGCUGCCCAGGCGGUGAGCAACGGAUCAAAGAAGCUUUCUGGAGCAGACGUAUGGCGCCUAUACGACACUUUCGGGUUCCCUGAGGACCUCACGAAGCUUAUGGCCGAGGAAAGAGGGCUCACGAUGGAUGAGGGUGAGAUUGCAGUUGCACGGGAAAAGGCUCGCGAGGCCAGCAAGGCUGUCAAGGAAUCGGUUCAGACCUUUGCGAAGCUUAAUGUGCACCAGCUUGCAGAGCUGAAAGACAAGCUGCAAGUGCCGGUUCCUAACGACGAGCCUAAGUUCUUCAAGGGUGAUACGACUGGCAAGGUGCAGUUGAUCUACACUGGGACUGAGUUCUUGAAAUCAAGCAAAGACCUCCCCCCAAAUACCCCCUUUGGACUUUUACUUGACAAGACCAACUUCUACGCCGAGCAGGGUGGUCAGGUGACAGAUACAGGCAGAAUUGUCAUUGACGAUGUUGCCGAGUUCGAGGUCCGUGAUGUCCAGCAAUUCGGUGGCUACAUCGUCCACAACGGAUUCCUGAAGUACGGUGAGCUCACAGCUGGCGUUGAGGUCAUCUGCGAGUACGACGAGUUGCGGAGACACCCCAUUCGCAACAACCACACUGGAACACACAUCCUCAAUCACUCAUUACGGGAAGUUCUGGGCGAUGAUAUCAACCAGAAGGGCUCUCUGGUGGAUCAAGAUAAGCUACGGUUCGACUUCUCACAUAAAGCUGGCGUCACCAUCCCCGAGCUGAAGAAGAUCGAACACAUGUCGAACGAGUACAUCCGGCAAAACUGCAAGAUUUACUCAAAAGACGUCGAACUUGAUUUGGCCAAGAAGAUCAACGGUGUUCGUGCCGUCUUUGGCGAGACGUACCCGAACCCGGUGCGGGUUGUCUCAGUCGGCAUCGAUGUCGACAUGCUACUAGAGACACCCGAGAAUCCCGAAUGGCGGAAAGUCAGCGUGGAAUUCUGCGGUGGCACUCACGUGGAUCAGACGGGUAUCAUAAAGGAUAUGGUCAUUGUGGAGGAAAGUGGUAUUGCCAAAGGUAUACGACGUAUCGUUGCUUACACCGGAGAAGCCGCCCACCGUGUCCAGCGCGAUGCAGACGAGUUUUCGAAGCGUAUCUCCGUCAUUGAGGCACUGCCAUUCGGUCCGGAGAAGGAAUCGGAAGUCAAGCAGUGCACGGUAGAUCUCAACAACCUGGUCGUCUCGACUCUCACGAAGGAGGAGCUCAAGACACGUUUCGCGAAGGUCACCAAGUCCGUCCUGGACGAACAGAAGAAACGUCAGAAGGCUGAGAGCAAGACCGCCCUGGAUGCCGUCACGGGGCACUUCGCAAAGGACGAGAACAAGGAGGCCAAGUACUUUAUUGGACACUUGCCCAUCUCUGCCAACACGAAGGCGGUCGCGGACGUCAUGAACCACUUCAAGAGCAAGGACAAGGAGAGGUCCGUGUACCUCUUUGGUGGCAGCAAGGACGAGGGUGCCGUCGUCCACGGUGUCUACGUUGGCACGGGUCUCGCUUCGCAAGGCGUGACUGCCGAGAAGUGGGCUGCCGCGGUCAGCGAGGUCGUGGGAGGCAAGUCUGGCGGUAAGGAGCCUACUCGGCAGGGCCAGGGCACCAACGCCGAGAAGAUCGAUGAGGCUGUUGAUAUUGCGGGGAAGUGGUUGGCUGAGAAGUUGAAGAUCUCGGAAUGA